AUGAACGACCUGCUCGACCUCGACCUGUCGGCACCUCCGACCCAGCCAGCCUCAUCCUCCACCAGCUCCAAGCUGAACCCCCAAGCCGCUUAUGGCACGCGCAAGACCGCAUUCGACUACCUCUCCCAAGCCGGCCGCCCCUUGUCCAACGAUGCCAGCUCGCGUUCAGUCAAGAGCGCGUCGCCCUCACCUUCACCGCUCUACAGCUCCCGAUCGCCAUCCCCUUUGGCACCCGUCCCGCCGUCCAUCGCGGGAUCCAAUUCGCCUGCUCUGGCUCCAUCACCUCAGAGUGCGAACAGACCCACCACUUCCGCCGACGAUGCCUUUUCAUCCCUCUUCGGUGGCUCGGCUUCGGGCUCAGGAUCCUCCGCGAGGGGUGCUGGUGCAUCUACGACCAACAUGUCACUGGCAGAGAAACUUGCUACGAGUAAUGCGGCUCGCUUUGGACCCGGCGGUGGAACGAGCCCCUUGAACGGGUCUUCGGCCAAAGCAGCGUCAGUCAUAUCGCAUAGUUCUACGAGGCUCGAGUCAAAGACUGAAACCAGAGGCCUUCAAUCCACAGCUCAUCCGAUCCAUGGGACUUUGAUCUACUCGCAAAGGCCACUCCGGCCCCCGUUUCGAGCAAACCGUCCUCGUCCGUGGCACCCCCACUGGACCCUUUCGAUCUUGGGUUCGAGACGACCGCGGCGCCUCCUCCUUCGACCCGAUCACCGGCACCUCGGAAUACAGGCAAGACCUUCGACAAUGAUGACGAUGACGACCCCUUUGGUGCGGGGAUAUCUCUUUCGGCUCAGACUGGCAGCACCACCACAUCCACGGCUCCCACCACAUCCGAAUCCGAUGACUUUGAUCUUUUAGGCGCAUUCUCGCAACCGGCUGCCGUGUCGAAACCUACCCCAGCAGCAAGCCAACAAGCGCCGACACCACCAUCGUCCUCCGCUUCACGAGGUCCGCUUCGACGGAGUGCUUCACCUCCACCUCACAUCCUGGGACAGAUCGUACAGAUGGGUUUUUCGGUCCCGCAGGCCCAAGCCGCUCUCGGUGCGACCGUAGGGCCGAAGGGGGAAUGGCGCGUCGAAGAGGCCUUGGAGGUCUUGAUCGAGCAGACCUCGGGCGGAGGCGCUGGUGGUGCUCAGAACGGAGGCUUUAUCCGUGAGAACGGACCUGCGCCGACAGCACUUCGUCGACCCGUAGCUGUGGACGACGAGGAAAGGGCGAUCCGAGAAACGUCGGUCGUCGGGGAUAGCGGUUGGGGCUCGGACGAUGAAGAAGAUGCUCGACGAAGGGAAAGGAGACGCAGAGAAGCCGAAGUGGACGAUGAUGCUCCUCCACCACGGCCAACAGCUUUGCCGACGGGACGAAGAGCAAGGGAAGCUGCGGCUCGUCAACGGGGUCAGCAGCAGACCGCGGACGAUUCGGCGAACGAUGCGGUGGCUGCUGCGCAACGUCAGGCGAACGAGUUGUUGGCUCAGGCGUCCAAGAUUGGGUUCAGCAUGUUCAAAUCGGCGAACGCGUACAUCUCUGCUGGAAAGGCGCAGUUGCAAAAGGCUUUGGAUGAACAACGAGCCGGUGGAGAAGAUGGACCUGGAGAAGGCGGUCCUUCGGGGGGUGCGGGGAGGAGACCGAGACAGGCCGCUUCGACCGCCCCGCCGGGGAGACCGAAAUGGUGGACCGAAGAGAUGGAGAAGGAGCUUGCGGAAGAGGAGGGACCGCCCUCGGCUGGGACGACGACCAAACCUUCGAGAUCGACCGAGGAGCCACCACCAACACUAUUCCAUGAUAGUGAGGAUGACGAGGUCUUGCCGCAAAGACCUCAACCCCCGGCGGCGGUGAGUCGAGCACCCGUCGCGCGCGCUCAAGCAUCUUCGCCAGCACCGAUUUCGGCGCCUCCCCCAGUGGCUCAGGCCAUGGCGGCUGCAGCGGCCUAUGUCUCACCUUGGCGACGAGCGAAACAACAAGCUCCUCUAGCUGUCGAUGUAGCGUCCAUGCCCCAAGUACCUUCACCACGCGCGCGCACCCCGACUCCCCAGCCCGCCGCAGUCCCUGCUCGUCCUUCUUACCCACCUCGGACCCACGUCCCGGUCUCCCCGGAUGAUUUGGCCACUUCGACCUCGUACAAGACCAAAGGCAAUGACUUCUUCAAACUCGGGCGCUUCGGCGAUGCCUCGGCCGAAUACACGCAGGCCAUUGACGCUUUGCCCUCGGGGACGUUACACCUCGUGCCUUUGCUCAACAAUCGAGCGACGGCUCGACUCAAGGUUGGAGAAGAACGACUUGCCUCUGAGGACUGCACGCUCGCUAUCCAUAUCCUCUUGGCCCCUUAUGGGGGGUUACCCAAACAGGCCGGGGAGAGAGUCGCUUGGGCUGCGCUCGAAGCGGAGACACUGCCGAGCGAUGUCAACCAAUUGAAGUUGGUCGACCAGCUGGGAAAAGCGUUGGGCAAACGGGCCAAAGCGAACGAGGCGAACGAGAAGUGGUCUGCGGCGGCCGAGGAUUGGUCUUUGGCUUUGGCUGCUGGUGGGGAUGUCGUUAAAGCUGCUGGGGGGUUCAAAAUCGUUUCGGAUGGUGUCGCGAGGUGUCGAAAGAUGGUGGCUGGACCUACAAACGCAGAGGCUUCGACGUCUUCGACCGGACCUUCGAAUGCUCGUUCUGCUCCUCUGCCGUCGAGUAGAGCUUCGAAUGCCCCCCCUGCCCGGCCGUUCAAGCCCGUCGUCCAAGGUUCCGGCGAAGCCGUCAAAGCCCUCAAAGCAGCGAACCAAGCCUCUGAAGCCGAAGACGAUCUCCGUUUGCAACUCAAGGACGGUGUCGAUGCCAAGAUCCUCGCUUGGAAGGGAGGCAAGGAACAGAACUUGAGGGCCUUGAUCGCGAGUUUGGAUUCGGUGCUUUGGCCUGAUUUGGGGUGGAAGAAGGUUGGUAUGCAUGAGUUGAUUAGUGAGGCGCAACUCAAGGUUAGAUAUGUUAGGGCUAUUGCCAAGCUGCAUCCUGAUAAGGUGAGUGCUGGUUGUCGGAUGUGUUGACGGGGAAAAUUGGCCAAGCUGACGCGUGUGCGCCUGCCCUGCCUCCCCACAGCUCAACGUGCAAAACACCACCGUCGAGCAGAGGAUGAUUGCAGGAUUGGUCUUUGCUGCACUUAACGAUGCUUGGAACGCUCAAAAGUCAUAG